UAAUCCAUAUAAACGUAGAUAUACUUUGUAUUGUCAUUUGUAUUGCAAACCACUUCCCUUGUAAGCAGGCCGUUUUUUCAAAUUAUGACAAAUCGUCUCAUAAGUUAUGCUGAACGUGAUAUCGCGAAAGUAGGGGCCCCGAUCGCCGGCCAGAUAGACUAUCUGUACUAUCAGCGGGAGGCCAGUUUACAACGUGACCUGACAAUGGCUAAGACAACAGAUUACUGGGUCGAAGGAUUGGUACCUGCAGUCUUUACCCCAUUUGAUGAUAAUAGGGAGUUGGACUUAUCAAAGAUAGAACCAUAUUGUGAUCAUCUGCUGAAGCAUAAUAUUCGUCAUAUAUACGUUAAUGGGACCACAGGAGAAGGGAAAUCUUUAACUCUCCAGGAGCGAAAGACAGUCGCAGAGAAAUGGAUCGAUGUAUCAAAGAAGCGGUUAUCAGUGAUGCUCCAUGUUGGAUGCAUGAACAUGACGGAUAGUCUUGAAUUGACUCGUCAUGCUGUAAAAGCUGGAGCUGAUGCUAUAGCAACGCUUCCGCCAUUGUUCUUCAAGCCAACCAACAUAGAUGCUCUGGUGCGGUACUGCAAGGCGGUUGCUGAUGAAGCCCCUAACCUGCCCUUUUACUACUACCAUCUUCCUAUCAUGUCGCAUGUUUAUCUGAAUAUGGAAGACUUCCUGGUUAGUGCUAAAGAAGAAAUUCCUAACAUGGCCGGGGUGAAAUUCUCUGACAAGGACCUGGUAGACUUGAUAGGGUGUAGAUUUCUGGAGGAUGGACGCUUCAAUUUGUUGUAUGGAUGCGAUGAGCAACUGAUGGCUGGUCUGGUGACCGGGGCUCACGGGGCUGUAGGUAGUCUGCACAACUUCAUGCCAGACCUGUACAACCGAAUGAUGCAGAUGCUGAAAGAUGGGGACAUCACUAGUGCACGAAAUGAACAGAUACAUGGACAGCGGGUGUGUAGGAUCCUCUACCGUUAUGGGUCUAUUCUGGGCGGAAAUGUCGCAGCGCUGAAGGCCAUUAUGUCUAUAAUAGGGCUCGAUAUGGGACCGCCUAGGGAGCCAAUGCGAGCUAUGACGACACAAGAGUUCUCCAAUUAUAAAUCCGAAAUCGAAAGUAUUGGAUUUCACGAAUGGCGUUAAUUGAAAAAUGCUACUUCCAAAAAUAAGUGUUGGGGAAAACAACAAUGUUUACGAGUCAAAUAAAUGAAUCAAAUUGUUGAUGGGAUAUCAUAGAUAUUCUCGUAAUUUGCACUGUAUUAAUUCAGUAUAAAUACUUCAAAAAUAAAACUAGAGCAUAAAAUGCACAUUGAAUCACUUUAAAACGAUGCAAAACGGUCCCUAAGAAAGGAGUGGACGAGAAGAACCCAUUUCUAGCAUGCAAGGUGAAUAAGGUAAAUAAUCCAAUUCAAUCAAAUGUCACCUCCAAACACUGUCAAUAUCUUACCAAGAAUAACCAUGGUGCAGUUUUCAGACGGUUCACUGUAACAUAUGUUGCCUGACGUCUAAGACACCUUUUAAUCAUUGACUCAUUCUUUUUCUCUAAUUUGAAUAAGCUAGUUUUAAACUCCGCUGCACUGUGAUUAUAAAAUUCUACUUCUUAUCUACUUUGAUUAUGUAUAUUGAAAUGUGGAUUUAAGGUAACCCAAUUGAGUUCGUCUCUACAAUAACUAUGAGUAUAUGUGUGAAAUGUAUUUAAUAUGAGUUUUCGGCUAUGUAUCACAGUCCUAGCAAACAUUGUUUUCCAUCCGAGUUACUUGUUUGGUCAGCAAUUUAGAAAAUAUUUUAAUGAUUGAUUGCGCUUCACUUCAAAUUAAUUUGCUUUUUUGUAUGAUCAUUAUGAUAAUGAGUCAAUACAGGGAUUGUAAAAGAAACUAGAAAAUCUCCUCCUAUUCAUUUUUUUUAUGUGUUGAAGAUGGAUUUUCUUUGAUUAAAAUGAUUGAGAGUAUUUUCGUGUUGCUUUCUUCCAAAAAUAUUGCCAAGAGGAUUUCAUGACCAUUUCUCCAUUGUCAAGAGAAACUAAAAUGCAGUAACGUGUUUUUCAUUUGCAAUGUGAACAUGCCUUAAUUAUCCAUUUUUUUAAUCGUGCAAAAAAUAAAAAGGAUGUUCCUUU